UGUCCGGGGCGGUGCCGCGGCGGCAGCGGAGCGGGAGCGGAACGGGAGCGAUGGAGCGGCGGAGCGGGCUCGGGCUGGCGGCUCUGGGCGCUUUGGGCCGGCGGCUGCUCUGGGCGCUGCCCGCUUACGCCGCGGGGCUGCUGGGGCUGGGCGCGGGCGCCGUGGUGCUCGCCCUGGCGCUCUACGCGGGCUGGCGGCGGCGGCGGCGCGCCCGGGAGCUCGGGAUGCGCGCGGCCGAGCGCCUGCAGCGCGACGAAGAAGCGGCGGUGCGCGCCGCCGCCGCCGGGCUGGGCGCGGCCCGCGGGGAGUUGCCGGCCUGGGUCAGCUUCCCGGAUGUGGAGCGGGCGGAAUGGCUCAACAAGGUGCUGGCGCAGGCCUGGCCCUUCCUGGGGCAGUUCCUGGAGAAGCUGCUGCAGGAGAGCGUGGCCCCGGCCAUCCGCGCCUCCAGCGCGCACCUGCAGAGCUUCGCCUUCACCCGCAUCGACCUGGGACAGAAGCCCCUCCGUGUCCUGGGGGUCCGAGCCCACCCCGGAACCCACAAGAAGCAAAUCCUGCUGGACCUCAACAUCAGCUACGUGGGCGACGUCCAGAUCGACGUGGAGGUGAAAAAAUUCUUCUGCAAGGCGGGGGUGAAGGGGAUGCAGCUCCACGGGAUGCUCCGGGUGAUCCUGGAGCCGCUGCUGGGGGAUGUGCCCAUCGUGGGGGCGCUCACCAUGUUCUUCAUCCGCCGCCCGAUGCUGGACAUCAACUGGACAGGAAUGACCAACCUGCUAGACAUCCGGGGCUCCAGCUCCAUGUCGGACUCGAUGAUCAUGGACAGCAUCUCCUCCUACCUGGUGCUGCCCAACCGGCUCCUGGUGCCGCUGGUGCCCGACCUGCCCGAGGCUGCGCGGCUGCGCUGGCCCCUCCCGCGGGGCGUGGUGCGGGUGACGCUGGUGGCCGCGCGCGCCCUGCGCUCCAAGGAUCGCUUCCUGGGCGGGCUCGUCCAGGGCCGCUCGGACCCGUACGCGCUGCUCAGGGUGGGGACACAGGCGGCCACCAGCCGCGUCAUCGACGACAGCCUGGACCCCACGUGGGACGAGGUGUACGAGUUCAUGGUGCACGAGGUGCCGGGCCAGGAGCUGGAGGUGGAGCUCUUCGACAAAGACCCCGACAAGGACGAUCUGCUGGGCAGGAUGAAGCUGGACCUCGGGGAGGUGCUCAGAGCUCGGGUGAUGGACGAGUGGUUCCCGCUGCAGGAGGGGGGGCAGGGCCGGCUCCACCUGCGCCUGGAAUGGCUCUCGCUGCUCUCCGACGCCUCCAAGCUGGACCAGGUUUUGGAAAAGAACCAGAAAAUCGUGGCCAAACCCGACCCCCCCUCCGCCGCCAUCCUCGUGGUGUACCUGGACAGGGCUGAGGGGCUGCCCAUAAGGAAACCGGGCAAGGAGCCCAACCCCGUGGUUCAGGUGUCGGUGCAGGACGUCACGAGGGAGAGCAAGGUGGUCUGCAACACCUCGGCCCCCGUGUGGGAGGACGCUUUCCGCUUCUUCCUGCACGACCCCCGGAACCAGGACGUGGAUUUCCAGGGUUCCUGGGGGUUUUGGGGUGGUCCCGGUAGCCCCAGGGGUUUCCCGGUGGUCCCGGUGGCCCCAGGGGGUCUGGGGGGGUGUCCAGUCCCGUCGGUCCCCCCGCAGCUCCCGGUGCCCCGGGGGGGGUUUGGGGGGGGUCCCAGUGGUCCCGGUGAUCCUGGGGCUGUCCGGGGCUGUCCGUGGGAGCCCGCCGGUCCCCCCGCAACUCCCGGUGUCCCAGUGGUCCCAGGGGGUCCGGGGCUGUCCGGGGGUGUCCGGUCCCUCCGUCCUCCGCAGCUGCCGGUGUCCCGGGGGGGUUUGGGGGGGUCCCGGCGUCCCAGAGGGGUUCAGGGGUCUCCGGGGGUCUCUGGUCCCUCGGUCCCCCUCAGCUGCCGGUGCCCCGGGGUGGGUUUGGGGCUCUCCGGGGGUCUCCGGUCCCUCGGUCCCCCUCAGCUGCCGGUGCCCCGGGGGUGUUCGGAGCUCUCCAGUCCCUCGGUCCCACUCAGCUGCCGGUGCCCCGGGGGGAGUUGGGGCCCUCCGGGGGUCUCCGGUCCCUCGGUCCCCCUCAGCUGCCGGUGGUCGCGGGGGUGUCCGGGGCUCUCCGGUGCUGUCCGGUCCCCUCGGUUCCCCUCAGCUGCCGGUGGUCCCGGGGCUCUCCGGGGCUGCCCGGGGCUGUCCGGUCCCUCGGUCCCCGCUCAGCUGCCGGUGCCCCGGGGUGGGUUUGGGGCUCUCCGGGGCUGUCCGGUCCCUCGGUUCCCCUCAGCUGCCGGUGGUCCCAGGGCUCUCCGGGGCUGCCCGGGGCUGUCCGGUCCCUCGGUCCCGCUCAGCUGCCGGUGGUCCCGGGGCUGCCCGGGGCUGUCCGGUCCCUCGGUCCCGCUCAGCUGCCGGUGUCCGGUGCAGCGCGUGCUGCGGAUCCAGCUGCUGGAGGCCGAGGCUCUGGUGGCCAAGGACCAGCGGCUCGGGGGGCUCGUGCGGGGCCGCUCCGACCCCUACGCCGAGAUCCGCGCGGGCGGGAGCCGCUUCCGCAGCCGCGUGGUGCGGGAGGAGCUGAACCCGCGCUGGAACGAGAGCUACGAGGUGAUCGUGGACGAUGUCCCGGGGCAGGACGUGGAGUUCGACCUCUUCGACAAGGACAUCGACAAGGACGAUUUCCUGGGCAGGUGCAAGGUGCCCCUGAGGAGGGUCCUGAGCAGCCGCGUCGUGGAUGAGUGGCUGCCCCUGCAAGACGUGCGCUCCGGGCGGCUCCACGUGCGCCUGGAGAGCCUCGAGCCGCGGCCGAGCCCCGCCCUGCUGGAGAGGGUGCUGCACACCAACAGCCUCCUGCAGCCCGCCCGCGGCCCGGAGCUCUCGGCCGCUCUGCUCCGCGUCUUCCUGGACCGGGCGGCCGAGCUGCCGCUCCGGAAGGGCUCCAAGCCCCCCGCUGCCUUCGCCAGCCUGGCCGUGGGCGACGUCCGCUACAGAACCAAGACCUGCCCCCCCUCCACGGAGCCCGUGUGGGAUGAAGGCUUCUCCUUCCUCAUCAAGCGGCCGCACGUGGAGGCGCUGGAGCUGCAGGUGCAGGACGAGGGCGGGCCGGCGCUGGGCUCGCUGUCGCUGCCGCUGGCGCAGCUCCUGGCCCGGCCCGGGCUGGGCACGGACGGCUGGCUGCCCCUGCCCGGGGGGGCGCAGCUCCUGCUGCGGGCGCAGCUCGGGGUGCUGGUGUCGCAGCAGGUGGAGGAGAGGGCGGCCAGCCGAGCCCCCGGGGGGGGGGACGCGGAGCUGCCCCCGGAGGAGGAGGAGGAGGAGGAGGAGGGGAGGGGUGAUGAAGAUGAGCAGCGAGGGGAGGGGGGGCUGCGCCAGCGCCUCCCCCCGGCGGACAGCCGCCCCCAGCCCCCCGAGGGUCCCCGGGUGCAGCUCUCGCUCUGGUACCACCGCGAGCAGCGCAAGCUCGUGGCCAUCGUGCACGCCUGCAGGGAGCUGCGGGCGGCGGCCAAGGAGCUGCCGGACCCCUACGUGUCCCUGGUGCUGCUCCCCGACCGCAGCCGCGGCACCAAGAGGAAAACGGGGGUGCAGAAAAGGACCCUGAACCCCGACUUCAACGAGAGGUUCGAGUGGGAGCUGCCCCCGGAGGAGGCGGCGCGGCGCCGGCUCGAGGCCACCGUGAAAUCCUCGGUGUCGUUCGUGACCCGCGAGAAGGAGGCGCUGGGCAAGCUGCAGCUGGACCUGGCCCAGGUGGAUCUGUCCGAGGGGGAACCGCGCUGGUACGAGCUGCAGGACGAGCGAAGCCCCCCCUAAAUCUGGGGGACCCCCGGACGCCCCCCACCCCAAUCCCCUCGGGGGGGCCCGGGACCCCCCCCCAGCUGCUGCCGCCCCCCCCCCCACCAAAGAGGCGCCGGGCCGGGCCCCCCCCCGCGCCCCCCAGACUGUUACAGACCUCGUGCCUUGCGACCCCCCCGGGAGACCCCCGGGACCGGCACCGGGGCGACCCCCGGGCUCUGUCCCCUCCCCCCCCCACCGGGGGACGCUUGUUGGAGCUGCUGCUGCCACCGCCGGGGUGUCCCCAAGGUGUCACCGCCGGGGUGUCACCUGGAUGUCACCAGUGUGUCCCCGGGAUGUCCCCGGAUGUCACCGGGGUGUCCCCAAGGUGUCACCGCCGGGAUGUCCCUGCUGGGAUGUCCCCACAUGUCCCCGGGAUGUCCCUGGGAUGUCACUGCUGAAAUGUCCCCGGAUGUCACCGGGAUGCCACCGCCAGGCCACUGCCGUGAUGCCACCACCGUGCCGCCACUGUGCCGUCACCGGGAUGUCCCCGGUCUGUCCCCGGGAUGUCCCCGGGUUGUCACCGGGAUGUCACCGGGAUGUCCCCGGGCUGUCACCGCGCCGCCACCGCCGCGCCACCCCUCCCGCGUCCCCUCCCCCCCGCGCUAAUAAAGCAGGGAGGACACGG